GGACCCUUUUACUACAACACCUCAAACUACAGCUGCUACUGUUGCUAGAACAUCUUCCACCUCAACUCCAAUCAAUACUACAAAUCCAUCCACUACAAAUUCUGCUACUACAGAUCCUGCUAGUACAGAUCUAGAUCCAGAUCCAGCUAUUGCAGAUCUUGUUAGUGUAGAUCCAACACUGUAGAUAUUAAUGAUAUAGAUGUAGGUUUAGUUGGAUCUGAUUUAAUGGAAGAAGAUGGUUCUGAUUACUCAACUGAAGAGAGUGUUGAUACUGAAGGUGAAUUAAUUGGAGAUGAUGAUGAGGAUUAUGAUAGUGAUAUGCAUGAGGAGGUUAGGGAUUUGAGGGUUGAAAAGAGGACUUUUCAAAGAAGAAAAAGAAAUGAGAGAGUACAAGCUGACACUGAAGAGGUACCAGUAGGUGAAGCUGGACCAGAUUUAGGUUUUGAUGAAACUGAAACAGGAAAAAUAAGUGUUGAAGGAAGGUUAGGAGGUGAUGAGCCAUACUAUCCAAGUUCUGAUGCUAACAAUUUUGAAAUAGAUGAAGAUGAGUGUUGUGAUGAAGAUGAACACAAUUCUGAUGCAACCAGUUCUGAUUCUGGUUGGGUUAAUUUACCUAGAAGGGUAAAUAUAUCAAGAAGGAAAAACACAAAAUAAAAUAAAAUUAUUCAUGACCCUACUGCUAAGAAAGUUGUAUGGCAGUUGGGUAUGGUCUUUUCAGAUGUGAAUGAAUUUAGAAGAGCAGCAACUAAAUAUGUUGUCUAAAGAAAAGUUCAGGUAAAUAAGUGGGUGAAUGAGCCAAAAAGAGUUAGAGUUAGGUGCAUUGAUAGUUGUCCAUGGCUUUUGUAUGCAUGUCUUGACAACACAACAAAUGAUUUCAUGAUUAAGACUUACAAUCUAAAGCAUACUUGUAAUUCAACAACCAGAAAUUAUUUGUGUAAUGCAAAGUACAUAUCUACAGUCUUUAGACAAAGAGUUUUGAAUUUGCUAUCCUGAUUAGAAAAAAGCUUAAAGUUCAUGUUGGCAAGACUACUGUUAGGAAAGCAAGAGCUAAGGUGUUGAAAGAUAUUAUGGGUGAUCAUAUUGUUGAAUUUGGAAGAAUUCUUGACUACAAGGAUGAACUAUUAAGGACCAAUCCAGGAACCACUUGUGUUGUUAAAUUGGAUAAACCAUAUGCACUUGGUAGGCCUGUAUUUAAAAGCUUUUAUAUCUAUUUUGAUUCAUUGAAGAAGGCAUUCUUGAAUUGUACAAAAUGCAUAAGUUUAAAUGGUUGUUUCCUUAAAGGUGUUUGCAAAGGGCAGUUGUUAGUUAUUGUUGUCAAGGAUGGUAAUAGCCAGAUGUUGCCACUAUCUUGGGCAGUGGUUAAGUAUGAGAACAAAAAUACAUGGACAUGGUUUGUCAAGCUAUUAAAGACUGAUCUGGGACUAAGAGAUGGUGCAGAUUUCACCUCGAUUACAGAUAUGCAAAAUGGAUUGUCUGCGGCCAUUGAAGAUUUAUUGCCUGCUGCAGAACAUAGAAUGUGUGCUAGACACAUCUUAGCUAACUGUGCUAAGGACUGGAGAGGCCUCCAAAGAAGACAACAAUUUUGUAGGAUUAUCAAAGGUAUUUUUGUCUUAAUUAAGAAACAAUGUGGAGAAGAUGAUGUGUCUUGGUCCAAAAGAAAUGAUAGAUGCCUUAAUGUACUACAACAUAGAGUACUGGUGUAAGGUUUACUUCAAUACUAGAGUAAAAUGUGAUUCUGUAGAUAAUAACAUGUCUUAGUGUUUUAAUGCAUGGAUAUUGAUAGCAAGGCAUAAGACAAUUAUUACUUGCUUGAAGAGAUUAGAGUGAAGAUGAUGACAAGAAUAGGUAAUUUAAGGGAGUUUACCAAUACUUGGAAGUGCAAUUUCUCUCCAAUGGCUUUGAAGGUACUACAAGAAAAUAUUGACAGGUCAAUGAAUUGUAAUAUUGAAUUUAAUGAAGUUGCUGGGUUUGAAGUAAGAGAGGGACUAUGUCAACACACUGUGGAUCUUGGCAGAAGAACUUGUAGCUGUAGAGUAUGGCAAUUAAAGGGCAUACCAUGUGCACAUAUUGUAAUAUACUUCAAGAAAUGUGAUCUUGUUGACUAUAUUGAUAGUUGCUACAGUAAGGAAACUUACUUGAGAACCUAUGCUAAUGUUCUUCAACCAAUCACAAACAUGGAAAUAUGUCCUAUAUCUACUAAUCCAACAGUUGCACCACCUGAAACUAAAAGCAUACCUGGAAGGCCAAGUAAGCUUAGAAGGAAAGAAGCUGGAGAAACAAAGAAACCAAGAAAGUUGCCUAGAACUGGACUUGCCAUGACCUGCAGUAAUUGUAAUGGUAGAGGUCAUAACAAGAGAGGUUGUCUACAAAAUGUUCAAUCAUCAGCAAGGGAGGAACCAUCAGGUUCAGGUAAUGGAAGAGGCAGCACAUCAAGUUCAGGUAGGGAAAGAGGCAAAACAUCAUGUUCAGGCAGGGGAAGAGGCAGACCAAAGAAUCCAUCAAUAGAAGGUGAGCCUCCAGUAAAAAGGGGAAGAGGAAGACCAAGAAAAACACCUACUGCACCUUCAACACCUCUUACAUAUCCAACACAUAGUGCUCCUCCUCCACCUACUGCAACUUUCUUGCCUACUACUAGUAAAAGAGGAAGACCAAUAAAAACACCUCAUGCACAUCCUGCAUAUCUUGAACAUCCAACACCAACUACUACUAAAAGAAGACCAAGAAAAACACCUCAUGUACAUCUUGCAUAUCUUGAACAUCCAACACCACCUACUUCAUUGCCAACUACUAGUAAAAGAGAAAGGGGCAGGGGAAAUGUAAUACAAAAGAUCAUCAAUCAUGGGAUGAGCGUGUUUCAAGCUGAAAAUGGAUUCAAAGCAUUUAAUCCUGGCAUGCCAAGCUUAAAGAUACUCUACUGGUGCAACCAAAGUGACAAGAUCAGCUGACAUAACUGGUGAUAUUGGUUUCAAACCAAGUACUGCAAGCAAGCUUAAAUGGAAAGGGAAAUCAGCAAUAUCAACAAGAAAACUUCAAGAAAUGAGUGAGCAACAAAGAAAAAACCCAAAAGGAAGUAGUUCAAACAAUCCAAGUCAAUCCAAGGAGCCAUGGAAAAUGUAGUACAGCAGCAUUAUUUUAAGCUUUUUGUUUUUUAUGUAGAAUAUUGAUGUAUUAUUACCAAACAAAUUUUGUUUUUGUUUUGGGCGUUG